AUGUCUGCAAGUCACGCUGAGGCCCAGAACCACAUCAUCAGCGUGGUGGAGGGCUCCCGCGAUGGUCGCCAGAUCGACCUUGCCAAUGGGCGGUGGAUGGGCGAGAGCCAGAACAUCGUUCAGACGCUUCGGAGCGCCCUUUGUGAUGUCGCCCAACCCCACCAAGGAAUUGAGCCGUUCGCAUUCCACACCGACCAGCUUCUGGUGCGUGAGCUGGAACACGUCGCAAGGCAACAGACAUCGGCUCGCAUCUGCUGGGACCCCGGCAUGUGGACGUCUGGCCUGGAUCUGGUCAAGGAAAUGGGUACGGUGAAGAGUCAUCUGCAAGAGCGCGGGUAUGAGGUUUUCUGGGCGAGUACGGCUGGCCAGGACCAUAGGUCGACCGUGAAAUUCUCAACCGUCCCCGUCGAAAACAGACACUACUUGACAAUUCGACCAGGGUUUGCCCCAGAUCGCACAACCUGGGUCCAGACAGCCUGCUCUGAGGAGCUCUACCAGGACAUCGCCGACUCAAGGGUCGUUUAUGGAAACAACCGCGAAGAGGACACUGUCGAAAUCGACUUUCGACACCCCUCGAGCGUCGACAAGAUGAUGGCCCUCUUUGAUUCGGACAAGCGUCGGCAGUGGUUCAAGAUGACGGUUGGCAUCACACAAUUCAGCCGCAUUCGAUCCCAGAUCCCCAUCGCGCACCCGGCCAUGAUUGCCUCGCCGGACCGCGGCCACUAUGGAAGGGAGGGGCUCCUUGCAGCCCUCGACAAGUGGGUGGCGGAGUACAAUGCUACCUUCAAAACUACAGAGAGGCUUCUACCAUGGGAAGAUGGAUCGCGAGGCAAGUUUGUUUUUGAGACCAACUUUGUCGUGCUCCCCAGCUCGGUUGGUCUCGCUCAAUUUAUUGCGCAACAGCAGCCCAGACAUGGUUAUCCCUUCGAGCUGCUGUACGACCUCAACGGUCGCUGCCUAGUUCCGGCAUCUCAAGCGGCAGCAAAGUUGGAGCUGGAGAGGCUGCAGGAGGUGCGCUACGUCCACAAGCGUCUGAAGAGAAUCGAGAGGCGACUGCGAAACAUCAAGCGACACACGAAUCUCUACGCGAACGUAAGCGAACGAAUCGAGGGUUCGAGUCAAGGAUGGGUCAACCGUGAUUUCACAUCUGCCGUUUUAGAUGACCUCCAGGCACGAAUCUCCCGUGGCCAUGGGUUGUCAUACCUGUAUGGCACUGGGGAUUCGAGUGAGCCGGAAGAGUCCAGCGAGGAGGAACAGCCCAACAAGCUUGAUAACAACGACCACCGCACCGGUCGGGGGCAGCUUGAUGUCGAUCCUCACUAUGGAGAGCGGUCGUUUGACGAUGAUCCCCCCAUGCGUCAAGUACCUGUGACUGACUACUCAACUGCGCCCACUGUGUCGGCCACUCGGUUCCCUGCGCAGGCUGCCAACGCCAACGGAUUAUCCACCAACUCGCCAGUCGAGCUCAUAAUAGAUGAUCUCCCCUUCGACAUGCAGAAGCCCGAGCUGGCUGUGAUCGGCGAAGUCUUGCAACAGCUGGAACACAACCACGAGUGCCAGCCACCUAUCGACUGGCGUCGCCUCAUCCUCUCUGAGGAACCCGGCCCCGGUUACACCAGCACGCGGAUACGGCUGUCAUGGUCCGAGGACAAGUGGAUGAACGACGUCAACCUUGUCGACGAAAUGAGCGCCGUUCGUCAGGCUCUUCAGGACUCGGGAUACAGAGUGUUCUGGGCGAAUGCGCCAGUCGAUCUGCGCAACGUUUCCGACAUUGAGAUGCGCGACAACACAUGGAAUGCUCGACCAGUUCUGGAAUGCCGCAGCUUCAAAUGGCUUUACGACCAGUGCGUGAAGGCCGGAGUCGAACCGGUGGACGCAUCAGGGGGACGAUUAUGUCCUGAAUACCACAAGUAUCGCCUCACCUUCCGCUCGCAACGUGAUACCGACAUGUUCAAGGCGUACUUGAACACCGGAAGCCCACGUUACGGUCGCGAACCUGUACUUCUCCACGAACCGCAAAUUGCCGUUUCGUACCCGACGAACGUUGGCUCUCCGGGACGCGGGAACAUGUCGCCCACUUAUCUCCUGGCGGAAGUCGAGAGAUGGGUGGCCGCAUACAACGUCAAGCACAACACGCACGAGUGUCUCCUGCACAUGGAGGGUGACAAGUGCUGGGGAAUGACUCAGGGCGUGUUCAUUGUGAGGCCCAGCUCCAUGCAUCUGUCCGAGUAUCUCACUCGUCAGGUGCCGCGCUGCGGCCAGAAAUACGAGCUCUUGUAUACGCUCAAUAGCCGCCAGUUCCCCUCUCCGGCUGAGGCACAGCAGGCUGUCUGGGCUCAAGACCGUUGGGAGAAAUCCAUCAAGGAGCACCUGAAGGAGAUUGGGAGGGACUUGUGGCACAUCCGCUACACCGUGUGCAACGUUAUGCCCGAUUUCUGGGACGGCGGCAAUGGAACAUACAUCGUGCGCACUCCCGACCGCUGGGGCUCAGACGCAGAGUCAAUGUCUUCGUGGUCUUCCGAGGCCAAACAUCUCCUAGACCCGUAA